CUAAACGGAGCCAAGUGCCCUUUAACCUGUAUUACAGUUUCAAAAGCAGAUGCCUCUUAAUUGGAGGUGGGGUUUAACUUGGGAAGUAGUGUACAUCCUAUUUUGCAACCCCCCCCAAAAAACCCACUUCUCUCCUGUUGAUCUUAUUUGUUUAUUAUAAUUACUAAACAACCAAACACUGCAGUUCUUCAAAGUCUGACCAGAUCUCCCCAAAUCAAAGUUUCCAGAGGGGUAGUUGAAACACAGCAGUGCUAGGAUGGAAAGGCAGCUUCUCUGAGUCAUCAGAUGCACAGCAGCUAUCAGCGUAAUUUAGUUAUAGAGCAACCUGCAUUGUAAGAAACGCACACCCAGGCCUUGGCGAUGCUCUCCUGGCAGGAGGUUGGACAGAAGGCAGAGUCAGCUGGGCUGCUGGAGAGACGAAGUUGAAAGGAGCCUGACAAGAGCUGAGAAACUGCCUGACAUCACACGUCACAGAGAUUCCUCGUGGAGAGAAAAAUCCCAACUCCUCCUGCAGCUCCUUUCAGAAGGCAUAGGGAGGCUUGGUCUGCCCACAGCAAGCAAAGAGAGAGGAAGGGGAAAAGAGCGCAGAGUGCAGCUCGGCAGCAGGGCUGCUCGAAUCUCUCAACUUUCCCAGCAAGGAACAGGAGGUGAUGGAAGGAAACUUCUUGGGCUGUUCUGAGCCAAAGAUGCACCUGUGAUCGGGAGCACCUGGACAUAGGAGAGGGGCAAAAGACCAGAGAGAGAGAGAGAGAGAGAAUGCACUAUUGCUGCUAUGGACAGGAGGGAGCAGAGCUGUGAAUUAGCAAAGAAUUAGCAUUGGAAGCAGAUUUACAUUACAGGCGGAAAAGCAGAGGCUCCUGCUGGAAGAAUCCCAGUAUGGAAGAAGCGCUGGCAAUUGUGCCUCGGCAACUCUUUCUCUGACCUGCUGCUUCUGGGUUGGGUACCAAUGGCUGGCUUCUGAUCUGUGGACCCUCAGGCUCCUGUGAAGCUGAGAAAGUGGGGUGCCAUCCCACCUGGACCCAUUGGGCCACCCUUUCUGAAUGACCAUGGCCAGUGAUGAAGGCUACAAUAUCCAAGCCACCGCUGCCAUUGCCGCUGUCACCACGUUCCUCAUCCUCUUCACCAUCUUUGGCAACGUUCUGGUGAUCAUUGCCGUCCUCACCAGCAGGUCUCUGAAAGCCCCACAGAACCUCUUCCUGGUGUCUCUUGCGGCCGCAGAUAUACUGGUGGCCACCCUCAUCAUCCCUUUCUCUCUUGCCAAUGAGCUGAUGGGCUACUGGUACUUCAGCAGAACCUGGUGUAAAGCCUACUUGGCCUUGGACGUUCUCUUCUGCACAGCCUCCAUCGUGCAUCUCUGCGCCAUCAGUUUGGACCGGUAUUGGUCGGUCAGCAGGGCCAUUGAGUACAAUUCCAAGAGGACACCAAGGAGGAUCAAAUGCACCAUCCUCGUGGUGUGGCUGAUUGCGGCUGUCAUCUCCUUGCCCCCGCUGGUCCUCAGCCCAAACAAUGCCAAAGAGGACGCAAAGAAGUGUGAGCUGAACGAGGAGCCCUGGUACAUCCUUUCUUCCAGCACCUGCUCCUUCUUUGCCCCCUGCGUCAUUAUGAUCUUGGUGUAUCUCAGGAUCUACUUCAUAGCCAAGCGCCGGAGCAGGCAAGGGACUCGGGCUAAGAAGCCCAAGGCAAAGGCCGAAGAGGGGGCACCCCAAAUUACUGCCGGCCCAUCCAACGAAGCCUCUCCCAAACAGGACCAAGCCAAGCUCCAGCCAGAAGGGGAGCCAAAUGGGCAUCGGGUUCCCAUCCAGGAAGACGACCAACCAGAUGCCCAUUGUCUCUCUACCGAGAAGUUUUCUCUUGUGAGCCAGGAGGACAAGGAUCCAGAGCCAGCAACCACCUCUAGUCCUUCCCAGCCCCUGCCAGAGAAGAAACCGUCUUCGGAGUCCAGCCAGCUGGAAUGUUUCCCCCCACUCAGCAUCAAGCAGAGCAAUGGACCCCCCCAGAGCUCCCCUCAGGGUAUGGACACCUUAGCCACUGCCAGGGGGGAGGUUCUGCUGGUGAGGAGGGUGAAGACCCUCAGCGCCAACCCUUGGAAGAAGAAGACACACCUCAACCGGGAGAAGAGGUUCACUUUUGUCCUGGCCGUGGUGAUUGGGGUCUUUGUGAUUUGCUGGUUCCCUUUUUUCUUCCUCUACAGCCUCCGGGCCAUCUGCCCCUCAAAGCACUGUCAAGUCCCAGAAAGCACCUUCAAGUUUUUCUUCUGGAUUGGCUACUGCAAUAGUUCCUUGAACCCUGUCAUAUAUACCAUCUUCAACCAGGACUUUCGUAAGGCUUUUAGGAAGAUCCUCUGCAGGCAGUGGACUCAGACUGCCUGGUGAGAGAGGCUGAGCAUGCCAGCCAGCGAGGAUCCAUGGGGGCUCUUGGUGGAAAUGGAACUCAUCAUGCUAUUGAAAAUAUACAAAACACAAUUCUA